GGCAAGACGCCCAUAUUUGAGUCCGAAAGUUGCGUUAGUAGCCCAGACGGGUUCGCGCGUGUUGGAGGCAUCGUCGAGAUUGGAAGAGACGAGCAGAGAGGUGGUGAUCCAAAUAAUGAGAGUGCCGCUUCUGGUGGAGAAGGACACGACAAGUCUUCGCUAGCGAAUGCCGCGGAGGUUGCGUCCAGUGGUACGGAGGUAGCCCGCUCCCCCUCGCCAUCGGAAGAACAAGCCAACACGAAAGCGUCUCCAAUAGAUGACGCAAGAGCAUCACCCCAAGACGAAGAGGCAAGCGGGAUAUCGCCACAAACUCAAGAGGAAAGAAUAUCUAUUGAUAGUGGCGGCGCGAAUAAUGCUGCUGUGAAGCAAUCUUCCCAAAACAAUGAUAAACCAAUAAUAGCAACAACUCCAGUACAGGAGCUACAAACAAGUGGACCUCAACUACAACAGAAUUCUAGACCUAGUAAUAUUGUAGCAACGGCACCUACGCAACGAUAUUCUGAUGCUGUCACAGCACUGCAAGAAAGCAAGCGACAGUCAAUGCAGGCACGUGCAUCAGCUCGGAUGGCAUCUCAGAUGGACCAAAUAUUGGCACCGCCGUCUAGUCGAGCAUCUCGCUUGAUGGCGCUUAGUGGGGGAAAGAACGGUAAGCACAAUCUUCAGCCUGCCGGACUACCAAGUAGAACUGCUGAAGCAAAGAAGAAUGCUCCCAGUGCUGGUGCACCACCAAACAAGAUCAAGAUUGGCUUUGAACCGCAUCAAGGGUCUUCGCCCAGUGCGUCGUCAUUGCAUCGUGUCACCAGUGGAGCAUCGUCGUCGUCUUCUGCAGGUAGAUUUGAUGCUGCUGCCACGAGUUCAGC